GGAGGUUCAGGAGCGGGUAGUUUGAGUGCUGAUGGCGUUUCAUAGUUGGCAGUGAUACGGUGUGUAAAAACACAAAUGCUUGGCAUCUUUGGAGUAUUUCAAAGCUCAUAUUGUGGUCUUAAGUCUUACCAUGCUAUGAAAAACUCUGGUUCUGCUUUUUAAAGCACCUGACAACAUGAAGCAGGUGCAUCUGAUAACCUGCUGGAAAUACUCUGAAGUAUCAACAAUGAAAUCAAUGUUAACAUUACUUUUGUCUGGAAUAUUUGCCUGUUGUGCUCACUCCGCUGGAGAUUCGGUAUCCAGGUUACUCCUCGUGUCCUUUGAUGGUUUCAGGGCUGAUUACUUGGAAACCUACAAACUUCCUCAUCUUCAGGAGUUCAUCGCCGAUGGUGUGCUCGUAAAACAAGUUACGAAUGCUUUUAUCACCAAGACUUUCCCGAACCAUUAUACCAUAGUGACAGGUUUAUAUGAAGAAAGCCAUGGCAUCGUGGCUAAUGACAUGUACGAUGCAGAUGCCAAGAAAAAGUUUUCCCAGUUCAACGAUUCGGAUCCCUUCUGGUGGAAUGAGGCAGUUCCAAUUUGGGUAACAAAUCAACAACAGGGAAAUGGAGCAAGCGCUGCUGCAAUGUGGCCUGGUACUGAUGUAAAAAUUAAUGAUACAACCCCUCAGUUCUUUAUGAAGUAUAACUUUUCAGUAACGUUUGAGGAGAGAGUGGAGAAGAUUGUUGCGUGGCUGAACAGCUCGAAUCCAGUAGUCAAUUUUGCUACAUUAUACUGGGAAGAACCAGAUGCAAGUGGGCACAAGUAUGGACCGGAUGACACUGAGAACAUGCGCAAAGUAUUAGAAGAAGUGGAUAAUCAUAUUGGUUUCCUUACUAAUAAAUUGAAGGCAUUAGGUUUGUGGGACACUAUUAAUAUCAUAAUCACGAGUGACCAUGGAAUGGCUUCCUGUUCUGCUACGAAGCUGAUUGUCCUGGAUAGCUGCAUUGGUCGUAAUAACUAUACUCUGAUAGACAAGAGUCCAGUUGCUGCAGUGCUGCCAAGGCAGAACAAGAGAGAUGUGUAUAACUUACUGAAAAGAUGCCACGAUCACAUGAAAGUCUAUCUCAAAGAAGAAAUUCCAGAAAGAUUUCAUUAUCGUCAUAAUAAGAGAAUUCAACCCAUAAUUCUGGUUGCAGAUGAAGGCUGGACAAUUGUACAAAAUGAGUCACUUUCAAAAUUAGGUGACCAUGGCUAUGACAACGCUCUCCCAAGCAUGCAUCCAUUCCUGGCUGCUCGGGGGCCUGCUUUUCAUCGGGGUUACAAGCAGAGCACAAUGAACAACGUUGAUAUUUACCCCAUGAUGUGCCACAUCCUGGGACUGACCCCACAGCCCCACAACGGCACCUUCAGUAACACCAAGUGCUUGCUCACCGACCAGUGGUGCAUAAAUCUAGCAGAAGCUAUUGGGAUAGUUAUUGGGGCUUUUAUGAUUCUGACUACUUUCACCUGCAUAAUAAUAAUCUCAAAGAAUAGAGUAGCUCCUCCACGGCCAUUUUCCCGACUUCAGUUACGAUACGAUGAUGACGACCCUUUAAUCGGAUAGCGUGUAGGGAGCCUCGCUUGCUAAACAGUGAUUUCAGGAAGAGUUUGAACUUGCACUGGACGGCAUUCUUUGAUGCACUUUAAUGGCAUCCGUAUAAAAUACUGUACAGCCAGAUCUUGCUAAUUUGUUUGUGUGUGCUACCUGACUAGCAGUCCUGUAAAAUCUUUUUAGAAUAAACUGGUGAACAGGUGGCUUUCUGCUGGAAAAGAUGCUUAACAAAAUAAGGAUGCUUAGUUUUUCGUUCAAGCCUGUGAACACUUUCAAAAUGAAAUUCCAGAGUAUGAACUAGCCAGGAUAGACUAAGUGAAUUUUAACAUUUUUAAACGAUAAUUGGUUUUUUGUAUUAAAUUUAAAUUAAUCUGGACUUCUUUUAGUGUUCUUGUACCUGUACUGGAAAGAAAAUGGGUUUUUGAGAGUUAGAAGUUAGUUCUGUUUGGACCAUAUAUUCUGAUUUGUUCUUAAAUUUGGGGAUAGGGAGUGUAGAGAAAAUCCAAUACUUCUGUUUCCAUCCUAAGCCAGCAGUAUGAGAAGAAACUGGUGAGAAGGAGAACCAACAUGAGUAAGGAAAGAAUUGGUGCAUAUCACUUCUAUUUUGAGCAAUAAAGUCUGUGGUUUAGCAGUCAUAACACUGGGCAGAUGGCUCUGACAUUUCUAGAUGUGUAUCUGCGAAUUGAGUUUGUUCCAGUUUCUGCACUCAGAGCUGGGAUGGUACUACUUGCUUAUCUAAAGGAUGUCAAUUUAAUUUGCAAAUCUUUGGAUUACCCAGUUUUGCGGGCUGUAGUAGUUAAACUAUUGCUUCUAAACUCUGACAAUUUUUUAGGUGUAAACUCUGCUCAAAGGUGGUUUUGUAAUAGAGGUGGUUCUACCCUGUGUACCAGCUGAUAAUUACAUCUUGAAGGCUGCCCUGUGUUAAAAAGCAACAACUGCAAGUCUGACAUGCAGUCAUCAAGCAAGGAUUCUAAACCCUUAUUUUAAACCUUGGAAAUUUAAAAGGAGAAACAUUAAUGUCUUUGUUGAGAUAAGAUUUGAUAUCUGUAGUGGCUAAGUAGUAUAGAUGUGAAGUUCUAGUGAAAACCAGUGCUAAUGUUUCUCUUAAUUGAAACUCUUCAUUCCCUGUUUAACGGUCAAGUCUAGUAACUUGCCAGAAAAAAAUUGUUUUCAAAAACCUUAGUAGUACCUUAUCUUUUAGUGAGGAGAGUAUGUGAGGUUAAAUCAUUAAUGCUAACCCAAAAAGAGAAGAAUAGGUACCAAGUCCUUUUCCUAGUCUGAUGGUUUCAAGAAGCGGUAAUUUGAAGUGAGAGCACUGAGGUACGGCAUGCAACAUGGUUUCUUCUUCACAAGCUCAAAUUCAAUGCAAAUUGGUAUUAGCCACAGGGUACCUUUUAGUGAUGCAACUGGGAGGAAGUACAGGCUUUGGAGGGAACGGUUACUUUUGACUGCCCACUGAGAAAAACACAUUUGAGUUUUAAAAAUGUGUGAAAGUUCUACUAAACUGUGUCUUCCUCCCUGAAGAUUCUGUUGUACUGAUUAAAAGAAAAAAAAAAUACAAAA